CUGUACUACGAUUCCGAGCCCGAGCACACAUCGCACUUCGCACUCCGUCCCGUCUAUCCAUGGGCUGUCGUCGCGCGCUCUACCCAGCCAAUCCUUAACUUCCUACUGCUACGCUACGUCGGCUACGUCGCGGCCGGCUCUUGGCGGUUGGUACGCCGAAUCGGCCGAACGUAGCCGAGUGUAGCCGAGUGCGCGACACUGCGCGACGACUCACGAGAAUCACGAGUCCACGGAUAGACGGAACGCGCGAUGUAUGUACGCGUGUGUUAGUGUGCGCUCGUCGGGGUCGGAUGGUCGGAAUUACAGCACAGAGUGGAGGCUGGAGGUUCGUGUGGCGGCCGUGACGAGGGCGUGAGAUGUCGAUCGGGCGCCGUGCUGUGCAGCCCUCGGAAGGAUAAUAAACAAAACGGACAAUGGCUCGUCGUCUCCCUUGAAUCGGUCUUCUCUACCCGGGGAUGUAUUGCCGUCAGGCUUAUGGUUGCUUGAGGUUGUUUUCUCGCGAGUGAGACAUCAUCGUCGGGUUGCAAAAUGACAGAAAGCAGCGUGCAGCCCAGAAUGAAGUCGCGCAAUGGGGCGCGACUUUUCAAGAAUCCACCGCAGCCGCAUAUGUGUAUACAGGACUUUAUACAGGGCACCACAGCUCCAUGUUACGUAAACGUACUCUCUUGGGACAAAAUUGGAAUGCCUUGUAGAUCUACGCAGCCUAUACCUCUCUAUGGAGGUAUGAGAGUGCCACCCCCUCGCACAAAAACAGAAGCCAUAGUGUUCGCCGUGAUGGCCAACCCAGAAGUCUUGCGAAUGAGUGGCAAGAACGCUCAGGAUAUGCAGAAGCGUAUGGGGUUUAUCGACUUACUGCUAGACUUCAUAGAAGCAAUGAACGAGGGAAUAAUCUUCAAUCGUAAUUACACUAUACUGAAAGACCGAGAUAUUACGGGCGAGCUAAAGGAGGUCUGGAAUGCAGUGUUAGCCAUACGCGACAACGAGCAGCGUCCGCCCCCGCAGCAGGAAACCUGGAUCGACGUUCAACCUGCCAUGUCUCAAUAUCCUCAAUAUCCGGAACAGCAUCAGCGGCAGGAAUACAUACCACAACCACCACAGUAUCAUUCGAACGUUGCCUAUGGUAGAACUAUCAACAAUGAAAACAUGCACUAUGAGAAUUACGGUCAUCACCCUCAAAGUCUGGCAAUUUCGAAGAACGAGCCUGUUUUGCUAUCCCGACACAAUGUUUUCACGUUUAAUAAAAGCUUCUGCAAUUACAGCGAGCGUGGUAGAGACGGUCAAGUUGUGCAGAAUAUUAUUGCUGUACAGCCGCAUCAGUUUUCUCAACCAAGGCAAACGUGGCCACAAUACAUGAACACAAAGUAUAUGCAUCCAAAUUCAAACCUACCAUAUGGACCGGCCAUGAAUACCGCUCCGGCAAUUAAUAAUCCGUCGAAUUCAAUGAAGCCUUUUCAGCCAUAUGUCACUUAUCAACAGCAACAACAGCAGCAACAACAGCAGCUGAUAUCGCCACCGCCACCGCCACCACCGCCGCUGCCACCAUUGCACUGGGAUGUGGAUACGAUGCACAUUGAUAUGCGUAAGAUAGAGUCUGUAACAACGAAACUGCAACCACAGCAAUCACAAAUAUAUUUCAAGUCGCAAUAUGCCUGGGGCGAGAAACCUGGAUCGUUUAAUGUACAAAAUAAUACUCAUAGGACAAGUAGACCGCACAUGGGAGUAGCUCAGAAGAACAACUCUACUAAGAGGCAGGCAAAUUCACCGACACACACCUCUUGUAUUAGUUGCCAAAAUAAGGACGACCAAUCUUCCGCGAAACCGAAAAGUCCUGUUAAAGUUCUUCAGCGGGAAACUCCGACGGAGCGGCAAGAUUUGACUAAUCACGCGGAAGGCAAUAAAACUUUAACGGAAAAAUUAGAGGAACCGAAGGCUAUUUCGGUAAUAGAUUUAGAUGAGGAUCUUAAGAAGAGUGACGAAUUUGUGGUUGAGCAUGCUCAUCCGAAAGAGAAAGAAGACGUCUGUAAUCCAGAACUCGUGCGUACCGUCAAUAAAAAGUCGUGUGAAAAAAAGAAUUCUGUAAAACCAGUAUCCUGUAAGAGGUCUUUGACGGAAACACACGAAACGGAAGCGCCGCCGGCCAUGCAACAAUUCAUUCAUCACAAGAACGUUCACAAUAAGUUUGUUAGAGACAAUGCACGGAUGCGAAGAAUGCCAACGACCAAAGGUGAUAAGCACAACUCCGCGGAAAGUCCGAGGCGCUCGCAGCCGACAAUGAACAGCAUUAUCAAGAGUGUAUUCAAGAUUAAUCCAAACGCGUCGGGCGAAGAAUCAUCCGGUAAGAAAAAGGCGAACGCAAGUCAAGCAAGGUCGGUCAACGGCAAAGCCGUGUGUGAAAACGAGGAACAGGGAUACACGAUACUGAAGAAGGAGGCUCAGGAGGAGAUGGUGAGCGAAAUCGCUCAAUUAUCCAUUCAAGACUGCAAGGAUGCGACCGAAGUCGCUCCUGUGCUCUCGUGAUAGCCAGGCCUACAGCUGAUGCUCAGCUGUGUCGGCACGCGACCAAGCGCUUUGAUGUAAAUAGAUAGAAUUUUAUUUAAUAGAAAGGAGUUCACGAAGAAACAAAAGACAUCGCGACAACAGAAAAGAGAGGAGAGGAAAAUAAUAUAUCCUUAAUGAUAAAAUUUGCUCUUACGAAACACUACGAGUCAUUUUGAACAGAAUACCUUUGAGACGAUUUUGAUUACCAGCGUGCGAAUGUCUGACGAACAUCAUAAAUGUGAUCAUACUAGACUCUAGUAUCUAGUAACUAGAGUAACAAUAUCUAUCUAUGUGAUAUCAAGGAACACAUUUAUCAGAUUUAACUUAAUCAACUAAAUAAGUCAAGAAGCUUAUUCACGAUCAAAACUGGAUACAAUUUGAUUUUACACGUACAAUUUAAUUUAUUAUUUAAGCCGUUGCAAAGAUUCUGAAAUAUUGCAAUUCUUGAUUGUUGCAAAGAGUCUUGAAGAGUCUUGAAUGUCGUUUUAACAAUGGUUUCAGUAUCUAUUAUAGUUUUUAUAUUUUUGUAUCUGUAACUAUAAAGUUACUGCUGAGUUCC